AUGGUAACAACGGAGGCUUUAUGUGUGGAUCGCUUGACACAAAAUCUUCCUGGCCACACAAUCAACAACGAAAAACUUGAUUAUUUCAACAACCUGAAAUUGGCUGAUCCCCAAUACAACUUAAGUGGACGGAUUGACAUCAUCGUGGGUGCUUACUACAAGACAAGAUUAAAAGAUGUACCGCCAGGUGCUCAUACAUCACGAUAUCUUUCGUAUCAACGCAUCUUAUGGAGGGGUGAUGCAAAUAAGCAAAUACAGGAAUACAAUUUAAGGACCUAUGGAACAGCCUGCGCGCCUUUCCUGGCUACCAGAACACUGCGUCAAGUAGCGAUUGACAAUGCAGAACUGAAUCCCAAUGUUCCAAGCGCUAUCGAAACCUGUUUUUACGUAGAUGAUUUCAUAUCACGCGCAACUAGUGUAGAGGGGGCUACUAAACUAAAAAAUGAUUUGUGUAAAAUUCUUGACAGUGCUGGAUUUAACUUGCGGAAAUGGUCGACGAAUUCACCACAGUUCAUUGAUAGCAUUCCCACACAAGACAGAGAGUCCUCUACAGAGACCGUAAUCAAUGAUACCCAAACCGUGAAAACCUUGGGGUUAUUGUGGAAUACAACCAAGGAUUGCUUUAAAUUUAGUGUGGCGCUGGAGGCCAUGCCACAUGUCGUUACAAAACGUGCAGUCUUGUCUGAUAUAUGCAAUAUCUUCGAUUCGAUCGGUUGUUUGGCACCAGUUGUCGUUAGCAUUAAAAUUUGUAUGCAAAGGCUGUGGCUGAGAGGCAUUGACUGGGAUCAACCAUUGCCCGAAGAUCUAUUAACCCAAUGGCUUGUGUUACGUGAUAGUAUGUGUCAGAUAACCAACCUGCAGAUUCCAAGAUGGUUACAAUUGUCAGACAACAGACACGUCGAGCUCCACGGAUUCGCUGCCUCAUCAGAGUUGGCAUAUUUAGCUGCAAUAUAUUUGUGGGUGCGACGUCCAGAUGGACUAAUCUAUACAAAUCUUAUUGCUGCAAAGACUAGAGUAGCCCCACUACCACGUUUGGAGUUGUGCGCGGCGCAGCUAAUGGUAAAACGGAUGGUGAAGCUGCAGCAUAUAUUCAACAUUGAGAAUGAUAGGAUAUUUGAAACAAAAGGAAAUGCCAGAGCAAAGGUUGCUGCUUUGUUAUGUACAAGAUCAGUUUCUGCUACAACAGUAUCAGGGCCGAUAUCCACAUUAGCAGGCUUAAGGGCUCAUGCUGCUGAGAUACCUAAUACUAAUGAAAAAAUAAAAUUGCGGUUAAAGUUGGAGAAGAAGGAGCCGAUAUCUCCGGCUUAUAAGGUAGAUGUUUCUUUUGUUGCUUCAACAAAGCUUUUAUCAUCGGCGGAUUCUGCAAGCAACAAUUUAGGUACAGCGACGCAAAGUAAGAGUAACACCAGUACUCAACUUAACAUGAAUAUAAUAAAAAAUGCUAGUCUCACGCCAACGUCCUUACAACAAAUUGAAACAGAGCAAUCUCAUUCUAUACAACAUCAACAAAUUGCUUUCAACAAUUUUACGCUUCCACAAACAUCCGUUAGUGUAGCACAAACUCCAACAGAAGAACUACGUGUGCCUCCAUUACACAUCAGUCUGAGAGGUGGAAAAAACUCAAUUGUUAUUAAAAAUUUUCGCAAAGAUCAAAAAAAGCCUCCGCAUUUGCUAAAUAUACCAACUGUUGCAUCGGGUGGAGUUAGUGAAGAUGAUUUAAAUCAUACAACAAAUAAGCAAUUAAAGCUACAGACUUUACAACUAUCCCAAGUUGCUACCGAGGAUAUGACUCAAGAAAAAAUGCCACUCUACGGAACCACGGUUUCGACGUCAUCAGUUUUUAAUAGCAACAGUGAAAACUGCAACAAAUCCAUGACAGUAAUGACGUCAACACAACCGCUAACACUAACGACUACCAGCGGAGAAGUUACAACUAUAACCCCAUCGGUGUCUAUCUCGUCAAUGGUGGGGAUGUCAACAGCAAAGCCUUCCUUCCUGGGUAACAAGAAUGGAGUAACAAUAAGUGCAAUUAAAUCCCUUGAAUCAAAAGCUGGCAGCGGUUCAAGUGGCAGUAAAAGUAUAGUAGUUGGAUCGACAAAUACGGGUACGUUAAGUUUUCCAUCUCAACUGAUGCACCAGUCGCAAUAUCAAAAACAUGUAGGGUCAGUAACUUUAACCCAACAGCAGCUACAUUCAUCUAAAGUUCUACCAAGUAUGCCUGGUAAUAUAACACUCAAUGCAAUAUCGAACAGUAGCACAAUAAACUGUUCUAGUGAUAGUUCUGUAAAUGUAGCGAAUCGUGUCAUUAAUAGUUUGAGUUUAGCGACAGCGGCGACGAUUACAUCUGUUGGUGUUGGUGUUGGUGGCGGCAAACCGCUGACAAAAAUUAAUAAACCGCCAUCUUAUUUAACAGCGCUUCAACAACUUCAACUUCAAAAGCAUCAACAAAAGCAGUUAAAUAAGCAAGCCCAACAAUUUGGGGCUCUUAAUGAUUGUCAUACAGCCCAGCAGACUAUUGUAGCAGUGGCGACCAUGUUGCCAAGCGCAACAACCCUAAAGCGAGUGACAGUCCCGAAUUCGACGGCAGAACAAACAAAUUUAGUUGUCAAAACAGAAAAUAAUACUUCGCCGACAGGAACAAAUGAACCUACGGAUGUAAAAUCACCCACAGUCAUCUUACCAACAUCCUUGACGAAUACAGUUGGUGUUGAAAAACAAGUUCAAGAAACUCCACGAAGCGAAAUUGGUUCAACGAUUUCAACGACUGUAACCAAUGGAUGUACCAACGUUAGUAGCAUUAUAGUUUCUAGUAGUCAAGGCCUAGUUAUCAGUACUGCCUCAUCUGCUCUACCCAAUGUUAUGUUACGAAAUUCACCUGCAAGUAACGGAAGUGGCACCCCUGGCCAUGGCAACGGCAAUGGUACUGGUGAAGAUAGUGGUAUUGAGUCAAUGGAUGCUCUGUCUGAAAAAAGCCCGCAUCAACAGUCGUCAAGCAGUCCGAUACAACAACAAAUAAGCAACGUUGAAAAACCCGCCACCUUAUCAAUAGUUUUAAAAAACUCUUCGGUAAAUGAGGCAAAGAAAGAAAACUCAGAAUUAAUAGAAGUGACAUCUCCAAUAUUAAAGGAUAGUAUUGAAGAUAAAACAGAAUUGAAUUCAAACUCGUCAAGAAAGCAUACAUUGCAUGAUUAUGCAGGCGGUGAAAUGGAAAACGCGUUGGCCAAAAUGGAAGGGUUUAAUGAAGAUUUUUCGGAUGCUGCAACAAACGUGUCAACUCCUGUUAGAACAGUUGCGAAGGCUUCUUUGUCAUUUGCGAAAAGCGAAUGUACGUGGUCUACUACGCCUCCGAAAAUGAAAACAAUUAUUAAUGGAGAACUUAAAAAUGAUAAAGUUGAAAGUAAAUCUCAAUGUGCUAUUGGGAAAACAUUUGAAGAAAAAGUGGAAAUAGGAGUAAAUGAUCGCAAAAAAAAUCAAGCGAUCUGCAAUGAUGAUACGCCUGCUAUCAAAUUUACUGAUUACAAUCUUGCUCCAGAAAAUAUAAAUAAAAUUCGUGAAUCUAAAUGCCAAGGAAAUGCAUUAAUUGACAUUGAAGAUAAAGUUGGGAUUGAAUUUCAAAAAAGCCGCCAUGAAUUGUCUUUGCAACCACAACGACAAGACUCUGCCUUUCCGCCUAUUUCCAUUGAAAUUCCGACUCAGAUUGAAUCUGAAUGUAGUCGCAUUCGCACACGUGCUAGUAGUCGGUUAGCGAGCCCCUUGGAUGCAAAUAAAGCAAGUCCAACGACAACAUCGGUAGAAGAAAUUACAAAUCCUUCUGUCGCUACUAGCAAUAAGUAUUCCCUUUUAAGAAGUGACAACGCCAGCCCACAACAAAACGCUGGAUGUGGAGUCAAUGGUUCACCACAGCUGGGUACGAUAUCUGUGCCUGGUACUUUAAAUAAGCGAAAACGUCGGGAAUCUGAGGAACUUACAGAAGAAAAACGAAUGCGAACAAGCAGAACUAUUACUGCACCUCACAACCUUCUUAAUAAUGGUAGUGACCUAAAAAAGGCUGACCUAUCUUUAUCAAGUGAUAUGCAAGAUACAAUGACGUGCAGCGACUUAAUAAAAAAUGAAGAGUCUUCUGACUCAGACGAACCUUUAAUUGAGGUGGCCGAAAAAGUACGCAAUUUGAAAGUCGGCAAUGCUACUGUUAACAGUAAUGACUCUACUAUUCACCUCCCAGUAGCGGAUGUAGCUGAAAAAAAUGAGUUUUGCAACAUACCUGGACUAGAAAAGGCAACUCGCAGUAGUCGAACAAUAGUCAAUCAAAACAAAAAUUCAAUAUGUUUUAAGCUUCGCAAAAAACUCGAUUGCACACACAUAUUUUUCUUUCCACGUCAUAAUCUUCAAAGAAAACCUGCCGUUGUGUCCCUAAACGUCAACAAGUUUUUUUGCAUUGUAUGGAAGGUUUCCUUAUCUGGCUCAAGUUGAUCCAAGUAAAAAGCACAUUCAGCAUUCAUAUUAUCUUUAAGCGAGUAUUUACAUUUACAAUAUCGGAUUGCAGCGAAUUUUCGCGUUCCUAACGUCAUAAAUGAAGCGCUUUCGAGCCAAGAAUACAACUAAAUCUUAAUUCCAAGUUGAUCUGCAAACAGAAGAACACUUUAAAAAGCACUCUCAACGAUCCUUUACACUUGUGCAGUAGGUUGGGUAUCGAUUAAUAGUUUGGUUUUAUUUUCUUUGUUACAGUAAAAUGAUGUAAGAUCAGUUGACUGUUGUUCCUGGAUAUUCAAAAUAUGUUUUAUACAGAUUCAUUAUUACAUUUUUACGAAAUUUUCUUUAGGGUGUUUUUUGGGCUCGCUGAUUACGAAUCUGAAGUCUGAUUUGGAAAAGUCUAAAUGACGGAUUCAAUAUUGCGGAUGAUUUUUUAAAAAAAGUUAUUACAUUUUUAGGAGUCUGUCUUUAGUGGUGUUUUUGGCCACGCUGAUUACGAAUCUGAAGCCAGAUUUUGAAAAUUCCAAAUUGCGGAUCCAACCUCAUUGCAACACGGGAUAAGUACCUUACAUGCCAAGAUAAGAAUUUUCGAGUUGUGUUUACAUAUUUCAUAUGGGUUUCUUAUCAAACAAUGGCAAAUAAGAUCCAUGUAAAAUAAAAAGGUAUGUGCAAAACGAAAAGCUACAAUUCAGAAAACGCUUUGGGAAAAUCUAAGCUGAUAAAGCUAAGCCAGGUGGAUCUAGUAAUAGCCGCUAGAACAACAACGACAACAACAGUAAUAGUAAUAGCGGAAAUGGUUUACAAGUCAUCGUGCAGUACAAGCGCUAUAAAUAGCUCAAUAAAUUACCAAAAUAUGCUCUUAAAUAUGCUAGAUCAAUGAAGUUUUAUUUAAUUUUGUUAGUAUUUUUAUUCGACAAUCUUGGAAUUACAGUAUAAGA